AUGAGUUAUUUUGCUGCACCCGCAAAGCAACCGCCACCGCCACCACCAGUUGCUCCUCCACCUCCAAUGCCUCCGCCACCUCCGCCACCUCUACCUUAUCCUGGGCAAUCGCCUACAUCACCCAUGACUCCAACAUCAAAUCCACGUACGCUUGAGAUUUUUACGUAUCGGGUAUUCCUUCUCGUAAGGUUCAAUUGGAGACCUCUUGCCGAAGCCGUGGAGCGCCUUAAAAAAUGGUUUAUAUCUACUGUAGGCUUAAUGCAACUUUAG